UGCUUUGACGAUGGUAGCUUUAUAUCAUAUCUCUAACAAACUAGAUGUCUGCACCAACACUGCCACUCAAGCGCAGCUGAUGAACGAUAUCUCUAACAAACUAGAUGUCUGCACCAACACUGCCAAUCAAGCGCAGCUGAUGAACGAUGAAGUAUAUUGGAUUUUGUAUAACGGGACUUGCUACUAUUUCUCUGAAGAAAAGGAAGAUUGGGAAUCCAGCGAGAAACAGUGCGCCAUGAUGGGGGCGCAGCUCGCCGUGCUUUCUGAGAACCACAUACAUGAAAAUACAAAGCGCUUCAGUAAAUUUCCUGAUGAUUACUGGUGUGGGCUACACAGAGUAAAUACAGUAUGGCACUGGCUGAAUGAGCCCCUGAAAGAGAACGUCACAAUUUCUGAUUACCCGGAUAUGAAUUGUGGAUCAAUAGUACUCAAAGGCAAUGGUUAUAACGCAAAUGACUGCAACACCAAAAAACUAUUUGUCUGCACCAAAUCUGCAAAAGAGAGGAUAUACAUUAAAGAGUGACCUUAAAGACCAGUUUUCAUCACGGAUUCUCUGAAGAUGUUGACUGUUUUUCUAAAUGAAGGAAACCACUAUGAAGGAUUGAACUUCAUUUCUUCCGUUGCCUGAAAGACCUUAUUUUAUAUAUGUUUUUACUUUAGAUAUUUGGCACUAUGAGUAUUCUCAGUAUUCUUUGUCAAGAGGCCUUCUGGAAGCAUCACUGAUGCUCUUGAGCUUCUUGUUUGGAUAAACACACCAAAGCAGUCGUUAAACCAAUGACUUUUUGGUACCUGUACAUAAUAUGGGGCAAGAUUACAGCAGCCUGUUAGCUUCAGUGAUCUUUUUAUAUUCUAUAUAUUGUUCUGCUCCUGGAAUAUGUUUUACUUGGUUUGAUAGACAGAUUCUGGACUAGUACAAACUCCAGGUACAUAGUAAUAUAUCCAUCACUGCAUGUAAAAUAGAUCUAAGUACCUUAUUACUGCUAUUACCUUUUUGGAUACCUGUAUAAAGGGCAGGUCCCUAUAUCUUUUUAUCUUACCGCAAGACAAGUGUUACAAUUCAAUCACCAUUUGUGUAAUGUCCUUUACACUAUAGAGAACAAUAGAGAUAAAUGGUAUAGAGAGGAUGUAUCCUCUUCAAUGCUAAGGAUGUUAAUCUUCAUUGACCCUGGAACUUGGCAGAAGAGAUCAGCAUUGUUUAGGGGUAGUAAAGUUUUUAUAUAUAUUUAUUAUAUCACAGUCUGUCAUGUAGAUAAUUGUACUUGUGCAAGUAUGGUGGCCAACCCUCCUUAAUUUCCAGGGAUCUCCCUAGAACAUUGUCUUCCAAAUUUUUUUUACGACACGAAAAUCUUAAUUUCAAACAUAUAGGGCUAGAAUACAAGUGUAGCGCUAAUUUAUCAGAUCUCUGGUUAAAUUUUCUAAAUGUGCC